AUGGAACAAUUGAGCAAGAACAACGUCAUCAACAAAAAGCUGGACGUGCCGCUGCCCCGAUCCGAGCAGAUUCUCCAGGCCUACAUCAAUUCCAAGAAAGGCACGUCGACGGACGUCGAAUGCUUGAGGUUGAUCGAUAGAAUGAUCCUGUUGAACUACAAAGACGAGCCGAAAGACGACCAAAAGGGUAAGCCGAUACUGCAGCGUACCACGGCGGUGCAUUUCGUGGUCAGGCGCGAUUUACCCAUAGAGAGCUCCAAAAUCCGUGCCCUCUUUCAAGUGUACGACAGAUUCGAGGCGAACUACACCGACGAGACGGGCUUGAGUCACUUUCACGCGGCUUGCCGAUUCGGCUUCUGCGACGUGGUCGAGCGAUUCAUCGAGGCCGGGCAGAGUCCGGAUUUUCGACCGUUACAAACGGUAGACCCACCGCUUCACUUGGCUCUCCACCACGGCCACUGGAGGACGGCCGAAUUGCUCUUGACUCGAGGAGGCGCCGAUCCAACCGCGACCAGCAGAGACGGAUUAACGGCCUUGCACGUGCUCAGUCAGAAUCGGGAAUGCGAUACGAGCUUGGCGCAGACGUUGCUCCGGGGCGACCUUGAUGUGAGUGUCGACGCUUCGGACAAGUGCGGUAAUACACCGCUUCACUUGGCCCUGCAUCAUGGCAACGCGAAGAUGGUCGAGUUGCUGUUGAGGCACGGCGCGAACCCCAAUUCCAUCAACGAGGCGCGGAUGGCUCCGGUGCACGUCAUCUCGAGGCGGGACCCCUACGGCAACCUGGGGGAGCUGUUCUUCGGCGUCGCGAACGAGAUGCGUCUGUCGGUGCGGGUCGACGCCCAGGACAACAAGGGCAACACGGCGCUACACUGUGCCCUGCAACGAGGACUCAAGCAAGUGGUUGUUCUGCUGCUGAGACACGGCGCGGAUCCGAAUAUGGCCGGCGCCGGCGGCGGCAAUUGCCUGCACAUUCUCUGCCAGCAGCAGUACGACGGAGAGCUCAUCGACGCCUUCUUCGAAGUCAUCAACGACAGACGCCAGCUGAUGGAGGUCAACGCCCGGGACGAGCACGGCGAUACUCCACUGCACUUGGCUCUACGACGCAACGACAAGGCCAUGGCCGAACUCCUGCUAAGGAGCGGCGCCGAUGCGCUUCUGGCCAACGACGAGGGAGACACACCCCUGCUCAUGAUGAGUCGAAAUCACGACGAGUGCCACGACCUACUGGAUAUACUGAUUGGUCUCACCUUGAAUCAACCUCAGGUACAGGUCGAUGUCGUGGGCAGUUCGGCCGCUAGGGUUACCAGCACCGUCGUCUGA